AGGAACGGAGAAUGAAUGAGCUCCUCAAACAAAGUGGCUGUGAGCGUGAUAAUCUGCGGCAAACUGUGCAGGACUGCUUCAUCUACAGAAAUCUGUGUAGCAGCCGAGAAUGACGAGUCACUGGAGCUCAUGCUGUCGGAGGAUACAGCGUCCGACUCAGAGAACAGCCCCAAGUUUGUGGAGUCAGAAGACCUGGACUCUCUGCCGAAGAGGCAGUUCAAGACAGCUGAGAUCGCAGAUGCUGUGAUGGGGACUGAAACCCCCAUCGACCCAUCUGACAUCGAGUCACUGUUCCCCAAGAAUGUGAAAGACUUCAAGUCAGGCUUCUCUCCGCCCUGUGAUGAGAACAGUGCUCAGUGCGGUUCACCUGCUCUGGAUGCAAACGGAGCAUCGCUAGAAGAGAAGGGCUCAGAAUCACCACAGCAGGUCACUCUCGACAUAGUGCGUGCCGACGUCACGGCAACUGAGGAGCAGAACACCACCGAGGCCGCCAAGACGUACAAAGUGAACUGUGAUAAGAGGAACAUCACAGGAAUGGACAACUUCACCGUUCAGGUCCUCAACGCUUCCCAGGACCUGAUGGAGUUCCUCAACGCUAACGGCACAGAGUGCUCCGUGGUGCUCUUCUUCACCUCCUGGUGCCAGUUCUCAGCCAGCCUGGCCCCUCACUUCAACGCCCUGCCGCGGGUCUUUCCCAGCAUGCAUUUCUUGGCACUGGAUGCCUCGCAGCACAGCAGCCUCUCCACGAGGUUCGGGACAGUGGCGGUGCCCAACAUCCUGCUGUUCCAGGGAGCCAAACCCAUGGCUCGCUUCAACCACACCGACAGAACACUGGAGACGCUCACCUCCUUCAUCACUAACCAGACAGGGUUUGAGGCGGACCCCGACAGAAACGUGACGGAUGCUGACCGCCUGGGCCCCCUCCCCAGCAUCCCCAUGAACAGCAUCGACUGGCUGCUGGUCUUCUCCAUCCUCUUCAUCACAGGCUUCAUGCUCUACGCCAUCCUGUGCACCGACAGCAUCCGAUGGCUCAUACCUGGACAGGAGCACGAGCAUCAGGACUGAACACGGCCUGCCAGUCAGCAAGGAUGCAAACUUAUUUCAUGAACAAGUUUAGUUUGUUAAAAUUGCUAAUAAUUUGCUUGUGUUUUAAGUGUUUGGAUGAAAUUGAAUAUUUGCGUGAUUUAUAAUAAACAAUGUCAUGAUG